AUGUCUAUGGAUACCAUAACAAGCAAGGCAAGUCAACGACGAAAUGGUUCUAAAGGUCCAAUAAAGAAAAAUGAUAUAUUUGGAGUACAUAAAAAUAACAGUUAUGAAUGGGAAGUUCUUCUCGGAGAAGUUUUUAAUGGACCAUUUAUUAAUACAACACAAACUCAAUCACAUAUAUCAGAUGACUACGAUAAACUUGGAAAAUGUGUAAAAUAUGCAUUAGACGAUGCUUUAAAUUAUUUUAACUUAAAUUGCUCAAUCAAGACUCGGAAUUUAAAGACUUUUAAGGAGAUCAAUACAUUUUUAAUUCAUGCCCAUGGAAUAUUCCUGGAGCUUUUUAUUUUGAAUCAAGAAUUUGAGCCUUUUUAUCGGUUGAGAAAACUAUGUAAGAUUUCGAUUCCGUGUAAACAAGGCAUAAUUGGUGGUAUCAUCGAUUUGGUUCAGAAUUUACAAACAUUUAGAGAUAUGUUAAUUCCUAGUUUAAACAAAAUCAAAGAAAUUAAUCAUUUGUUUAAAACGAAGCAGCAAUAUGAUGAUAACAAAAAGAAUGACUAUAUAAGAAUUCCAACUCUAAAUACACCAUUAAAACAAUAG